UUGCAAGAUACUUUGGAGAGCAUGGAAGGGAGCAUGGACUCCGAGAACCCACCCUUCUUUUCCUCAUGGGACUGGAAAAACAACACAGGGGCCGCUCUGGAGCUCAGCCAGAACUCGUCGCCUCAAAGUCUCUCUCCGUCCCCUUCCUGUGAAUCCUACUCUUCAUCCCCUUAUCCCCUGGUGGUGGAGGUGCCCUGUGCCAACAGCAGCCGGAGUGAUGGUGGCGGUGGCAGCAGCCUGCGGGGAUACCCCCUGAUGGAGUUUCCUUCCAUGUACCUCCCCAGCCCUGGACCAGGCAAAGGCCAAAAAGGCUCCAAGGUCAGGAUGUCAGUCCAGCGCAGAAGAAAGGCCAGCGAAAGAGAGAAGCUGAGAAUGAGGAGCCUGGCUGAAGCUCUGCACACCCUCCGCAACUAUCUGCCUCCGAUCUACAGCCAACGGGGCCAACCUCUCACCAAGAUACAGACACUGAAAUACACCAUCCGGUACAUCAAUGAGCUCACAGACCUGCUGAAUAGUGUCAAACAAGUACAGCUGCCUUGA